CCAUAAACACAACAUUCUGCUACACAGGUCUACAAUUACACCCAAUCUCAUCAGACUAAGGCUUAACCCCCACAAUUCAUACACACUUCCCAGCCAAGAAUAUUGAUCAGAAGACAUCAAUUUACCUAACUCUCAUACCAAGGCUAGAAGGAUCAGCUUCAUACCUUGGAACAAUUAGUAGCCCAGAUGUAGACCAAGAUAUAAUCGUCUGAUGAGGUUUUGCCAUGACAACAACUUCUUACCUCCCCCAAUGCUACGUCUCUCGGACACUCACAAAGGUGAGGUUUCCAAAUAAACCCUUGAUGUCCUUCCAAUACUGGUGUUAAAAGAAAAUAAUUGCAACAGAUCAAUCCAAGCCACUACUGACAGACACAAGGGACAGGACCUCCUCCUGGGUUUCUUGUAUGGUAGGCUAGGUGGCUACCCAUUUGACAAAACAUUUUUACCAUAGCAAUUUAUUUUGCAGAGCUUGUCAUAUAGAAAAUAUUUGAACUCAAAAGCAUCUAUCAAGAUGACAAUUGUUUGGUGAAAACACAAACACACUUUUUGGCGAUUCCCUAAUCAUCAUUGAACUAGGCCUAACUCUAUGAAAACCUUUUCUUGGGUAAAGCUCACCCCACAGCCAAGAAGAGAAAUAUGGAAAGGAUAAAGUGAGGUCAUGAAAAAGGGAAUGGGUGGAGAAUGUUCUGCCGUGUAAAGGUGGAAUGUUUAGGAAAACAAAAAUGGAGUUAGCCAGAGGUCAGAACAAUAUGGCAACUGUACCUGAAGUUUGAAGUAUCAUCCAAUACCCAACAUAAAACUGGUUAUAAUAACAGACUUAAAACUUUACAAUCUGCAACCUUCAAAGCUGGCAUAAAGCUAAUGGAAGCAACAGCUUACCUAUGGAACAAUGGCAAAACCAUACUAACAGAAAAUGACAAUUCAAGCAAUUUGAAUAAUGAGAUGUAGAAGAUUCCAAGUAGUUCAUGGAUAACAAAAAGAUUAAAAUUCAUGAGAACAUAAAUGAAAAAUUAAAAAUGUUUUUCAUCC